CAUCUCAUCGUUCGCCGUUUCAGGGGGGACGACGACGAUGCUUCGAGCUCGGUGAACGGCCCGAUUUGCGUUCCCGUCGCUUUCAUUUCUUCUCUUUCGCUCGCCCCCUUCUCGUGCGAAGCGAAGGCUGGGGGCGAUCGAGAGGGAGCCGCGCCGCCCUUCGCUGGACCCCUCGCCGGCGGCGUCCGGAAGCCAGUGCAUUAUUUCAAAGGCAUCAAGCUCCUCUUUUUGUUUUGAGUUAUUCUUGGCUCACGCUGAAUAAUUCAUUUACAUUGUGGAGGAAAAAUGAGCGGUGCUCCAAAGAGGUUGCAUGAGGAGGGUAGCCACUCUACACCUGCAAAACGGCCUUUAGACGAUAGCAGCUUGCAUUCGAGCCCUUCGGGCAAAGUUAUUCAAUCAGGCAGCAGUGACUACCAUGGUUCUUUUGAACAUGAUGAAAGAUUUGCCAAAGUUCAACGCAUCGAGCCCCGUGAUGAUAAGACUAGGCCAUCUCUAGCAACUCGGAUGCCUGUUGGCUCCAGCAACUUUGUUGACCAUACCAUCUCAUCUGACAGCAGAUUAGAAUCAAGACAAAAUAAAGAUGCACGGGACACUAAGGCAGAUGAUCGUGAGACAAAGGCUGAUGCCCGGGAUGUCUAUAGUGGUUCAAGGAUUGAAUUUCAAGCUAAUAAAAUUGAGAGUGAUGUAAAGAUGGAUAACAGAGCAGAUGAACGUGAAAUAAGAGCUGACAGGAGGAGUAAUGCUGAUUACAAAGGUGAUACCAAAUUUGACAAGGAUAGUCAUCCUACUGUUACAUCACACUUAGGCUGGAAAGACAAUAAAGAACAUAGGGGUAAAAGGUAUUUUGAACAGCCAACUGAUAAUAUGGAUUGGUGUUUCCCCCGGCCUGGUCUGCAAGGUACAGAUGAAACUCCCAAAGUUCCAACUCCUGUGGAAGAACGCAACUCCAAGGAUGCACAUGAAUCUACUGGUGACCACAAAACUGAACCUAAAAGUGAAGAUAAGUUCAGAGACAAGGACAUAAAAAAGAAAGAUGAGAAACAUAGGGACUUUGGUGCUAGAGAAAAUGAUAGAAAUGAUCGACGAAUUGGCAUGCAGGUUGGAGGUAGUAGUGUUGAGCGAAGAGAAAUGCAAAGGGGAGAUAGGGAUGCGGAAAAGUGGGACAGGGAAAGAAAAGACAACCAAAAGGACAAGGAAGGCAAUGAUAGGGAGAAGGAUUCUGCUAAGAAAGAGUCAUCAGUAGUAACUGAAAAGGAGAACACAAUACUGGAAAAAACUUCAUCUGAUGGAGCUGUUAAAAUUACUGAGCAUGAGAAUACAGCAACAGAUUCUAAGGCACUUAAGGAUGAUGUAUGGAAAGCUCAUGAUGUGGAUUCUAAGGACAAGAAAAGAGAGAAGGAUGUGGAUGCAGGAGACAGGCAUGACCAAAGGAGCAAAUAUAAUGAUAAGGAAUCAGAUGACAAUGGUGCCAAAGGAGAUAUGGAGAAAGAUAAAGAAGUUUUUGGAAGUGUCCAAUGCAGAAGGAUGGUGCGACCAAGGGGAGGUAGUCAAGCAUCACAGCGAGAACCUCGAUUUCGCUCCAGAAUGCGUGAUGGUGAGGGGUCUCAAGGUAAGUCAGAGGCUUCUGCCAUUGUUUAUAAAGCUGGGGAAUGCAUGCAAGAGCUGCUCAAAUCAUGGAAAGAGUUCGAAGCAACCCAGGAUGGUACAAGUGCUGAGAGUCUACAAAAUGGUCCUACGCUUGAAAUUCGAAUACCUGCGGAGUUUGUUACUUCCACUAAUCGUCAAGUAAAGGGUGCUCAGCUUUGGGGAACUGAUAUUUAUACAAAUGAUUCAGAUCUAGUUGCUGUGCUAAUGCAUACUGGUUACUGCUCUCCUACAUCAUCACCUCCACCAUCUGCCAUCCAAGAAUUACGUGCAACCGUUCAAGUUCUACUGCCGCAAGAGAGCUAUACUUCAACUUUAAGGAACAAUGUCCGUUCACGUGCUUGGGGUGCUGGGAUUGGUUGUAGCUUUUGCAUAGAACGCUGCUGCAUUGUUAAGAAAGGUGGCGGCACCAUUGAUCUUGAGCCUCGCCUUAGCCACACAUCAGCUGUGGAGCCUACACUUGCUCCAGUGGCGGUUGAGCGCACAAUGACGACAAGAGCAGCAGCUUCCAACGCAUUGCGUCAACAAAGAUUUGUUCGGGAAGUCACAAUACAGUACAAUCUCUGCAAUGAGCCAUGGUUAAAAUAUAGUAUUAGCAUUGUGGCAGACAAGGGACUUAAAAGGUCUCUUUACACUUCUGCAAGACUGAAAAAGGGCGAAGUCAUAUAUUUGGAAACACACUUUAAUAGGUACGAGCUGUGCUUUAAUGGAGAGAAGCCUCGUAGUAGUAUUGGAUCAAACUCCAAUGCAUCUGAUGCAGAACCGGAAAAACACCAGAACAGUAGUCACCAUUCACAUAAUGGGGACAGAUGCUCUAUGGAACAUGCACUUCGUGAUGUGUUCCGGUGGUCUCGAUGUAAGAAGGCCAUGCCUGAAAGUGCCAUGUGCUCGAUCGGUAUCCCACUACCAGCGGAGCAACUUGAGGUGUUGCAGGAUAACUUAGAAUGGGAGGAUGUGCGGUGGUCGCAGACCAGUGUUUGGGUUGCCGGGAAGGAGUACCCCCUUGCCCGAGUGCAUUUCCUCUCGUCGAACUAGCAGUAGCCGAUGUCACAACCAACAAAGGAACCACUCUUUUUCCUGGACAAGGCAGGAGCUUCUGAACGUCGCGGUGUUUCUAUUGUACAAUGUAUGAUGCACCAAUCCCAUGUGUACAAAGAAAGCUCAGCUGUUGUAGGCUGUGUUGUGUGUAGUCUUUACGUCAUCCAUAUUUGGUAGGAGGGUUUCUUGCUUCUGCCCAUGUCUCAAAGGAGUCAAAGGUGUAUUUGUUUGUUUUUUAGGUUAGUCUGAUUAAAUAAUUGGUGCACUUUAACCUAAAUUAUCAAUGGAUAUUUCUUCGUUGUAGCAAUCCAUAGGUUAAGAUA